AUGACUAAAGACAAGAUCGAGAUGGACUCGUACAGCGAGUCGGGUGCUCCAGCAGCAGAAGCCAUCGACCAUAAGGACCAACCCGUCUCUGACGACCCCGAAAAAGCCACUCAAACUCCCCAGGUUGGCGAGGGUCUUCAGCGUAACCUCCAGGCUCGCCACUUGACCAUGAUCUCCCUCGGAGGAACCAUCGGCACGGGUCUGUUCUUGGCCUCGGGAGUGUCGAUUAACGUUGCCGGCCCCGGAUACUCGAUGGUUGCUUACUGUCUGAUUGGAACGAUGGUCUUCUGCUUCAUGUCGUCUCUUGGUGAGAUGGCCACUUACCUGCCCAUUACCGGAUCGAUCAAUGCCUACGGAACCCGCUUUUUUGACCCUGCCCUCGGAUUCAUGCUAGGCUGGGUCUACUGGUUCUCUUGGUCUAUUACUCUUGCUACUGAAUUGGUCGCCGCCGGCUUGAUUAUCUCAUACUGGAUCCCAGUAGAGACUUGUCCGGGCUGGGUUUGGGCCCUUGUCUUCAUUGUCGUCCUUACCUCGCUCAACCUGACCACCGUCAAGGCUUAUGGUGAGACCGAGUACUGGCUCAGUUUGAUCAAAGUGCUCGCCGUCAUCGUUUUCAUCAUCGUCGGUUUCCUCUACAUCGGUGGCGCUGUCGGUACCCGCAUCGAGGGAGCCCCCAAGCCCGGUACUGGAGUCUUCAACAUGGGCCCCUUCCACGGUGGCUUCGUUGGUCUGUUCUCAAUCUUCUUGAACGCCGGUUUCUCGUUCCAGGGAGCCGAGCUGGUCGGAAUCGCUGCCGGAGAGACCAAGAACCCCCGCAAGAAUGUCCCCCGUGCUAUCCGUCAGGUCUUCUGGCGCAUCUUGAUGUUCUACGUCCUUACCAUCCUGAUCAUCGGAAUGACCAUCCCCUACAACGAUGAGGCCCUUGCUAACACAGGCGGCAGCAUCAAGUCCUCGCCCUUCACCCGUGUGUUUGUCCAGGCCGGUAUCAGCAUCGGAGGUGACAUUAUGAACGCUGUCAUCUUGGUCGCUGUCCUUUCUGCCGGUAACUCGGGUCUUUACGCCUCCUCCCGUGCCCUCCACACCUUGUCCAAGGAGGGCAAUGCCCCCAGGUUCCUUGGUUAUGUCAACCGCUGGGGUGUCCCCGUCUACUGUGUCCUCGCCACGUCCUUGAUCGGCUGCUUGGCCUUUAUUGUUUCCCUCCCCCAGAUCGGUCAGGGCGAGGCCUACAACUGGCUCUUGUCCCUGGCCUCAACCACCGGUUUUAUCGCCUGGUUGGGUAUCGCCUUCUCCCACAUCCGCUUCCGUAUGGCCUACAAGGCCCAGGGUCGCGUCCUCUCCGAUCUCCCUUUCAUCUCGAACUUGUACCCCUUCGGUCCCAUCUACACGAUCGUCGUCUGUGUGGUCAUUCUGAUCGGCCAGGGUUACACCGCCUUCUCGCCCUUUGACAUCAAGUCCUUCCUGUCGGCCUAUGUGACGCUCCCCUUUGUCUUUAUCCUCUACUUUGGAAACAAGUUCUGGGCAAAGACCAAGAUCCUCAAGCUGGUCGAUGUUGACCUCGACACUGGACGGAGCUUCCUCGACACAGUCGUGCCUGUCAUGGAUAGCGAGUCGGAGAAGAACAUGAAGAAGCCUAGCGUCGUCAAGCGCGUCAUGGCCAACGUCUUCUAA